UGUAUGCUGUGGGGCUGAGGGACUACUUCUGACCAUGGGCCCGCGGAGCCGCGCGCGCCUGACUGGGGCGGUCCAGAACACUAACGACAGUAGCGCCCUCAGCAAGCGUUCGCUCGCGGCCCGCGGAUAUGUGCGCGACGCCUUCGCGGUGUUACUGGUGCCGGGCACAGCGCGGCGCGCGCCGCUCAUCCACCGGGGCUACUACGUGCGCGCGUGCGCCGUGCGUCACUGCGUGCGCGCCUUCCUCCGACACACCGGCUUGCUACCCGAGCCCACGCGCGCCCAGAUCCUGUCUCUGGGUGCCGGCUCCGACUCGCUAUACUUUCGCCUGAAAUCCGAAGGCCUCCUGGCCCGGGCUGCAGUCUGGGAGGUAGACUUACCCGACGUGGCCAGGCGCAAGGCAGAGAGGAUCCGAGAAACCCCAGAACUGUGCGCCGUGACCGGGCCACUCCGAACCGGGGACCCCGCCUCGCCUCUGUACUUGGCGACUCCGGACUACAGCCUCUUGGGCUUGGACCUACGGCAGCUACAGCGGUUAGACAAAGCCCUGAACGCCGCGGGCCUGGACGCCACCUCUCCGACGCUGCUCCUGGCCGAGGCGGUGCUGACCUACCUGGAGCCUACCAGCGCCGCGGCCAUCAUCGCCUGGGCCGCUCAGCGCUUUUCCGAUGCCCUCUUCGUGGUCUAUGAGCAGAUGAAUCCGCGGGAUGCCUUUGGGCAGGUCAUGCUGCAGCAUUUUCGGCAGCUGAACGCUCCGCUGCAAGGCCUGGACCACUUUCCCGACGUGGAGGCCCAGCGGCGGCGCUUCCUUGUAGCCGGCUGGACGGCCUGCAGCGCCAUGGAUCUGAAUGAGUUCUAUCGCCGCCUCCUCCCCUCAGACGAGCGCCGGCGGGUGGAAACUCUUGAACCCUUUGAUGAGUUUGAGGAGUGGCAUCUGAAGUGUGCCCACUAUUUCAUUCUGGCGGCAUCUAGGGGAACCACUCUGUCCGAAACUCCGGUGUUUCCUCCCUCCGGGACAUUUUCUCGGGUAGAUCCUGCUUCUCCUUCCGGAGUUUUCUCUGCCAGAGUAAUCACUUGUAGCAGCCAGUACUCAAACCUGCGGAGAUACGGCCACGCCUCUGUGCUCUUGAGCCCUGGCGUUAUUCUCAGUACAGGAGGAUUUGGGGAACAGGAGGGGCGACACUGCCGAGUGAGCACAUUUCACUUGCUUUGGAGAGCCUGUGACUCGGAAUGGAAAGGCAGCCAAAUAAACACUUGGGGCUUGGGAGGACAGUGGGAUGGACGCCUUUAUCACACCGUGUCGAGACUUUCAGAUACUCGGGCUCUGGUUCUGGGAGGGAGACUCUCCCCAGUAAGUGCAGCCUCAGGGGCUCUCCAGCUUCUUUUAAAUAGAAGUGAGGAUAAUUGCUAUGAGGUCCUGAAUGUGACAGUAACAAAGGUUGGCUCCGAAGAAGAUUUCAAGUUGUCGUGUUGGCGGCAUUCAACCACGGAAGUAUACCAUCAGAAUCAGAGAUACUUGUUUGUAUAUGGCGGCCGAAGUGUGGUGGAACCUGUACUAAGUGACUGCCAUUUCCUACAUGUCGGGACAUUGGCGUGGGUCAGGAUCCCAGUGGAAGGGGAGGCCCCUGAAGCUCGGCAUUCCCAUAGCGCCUGCAGUUGGGAAGGGGGAGCCCUGAUUGCUGGAGGUCUUGGGGCUUCUGAAGAGCCACUGAGCUCUGUACUCUUUCUGAAACCAACGUUUUACGGAUUCCUCUGGGAAUCAGUGGAUAUCCAGCCUCCGAUUACCCCAAGGUACUCUCACACAGCGCACGUACUUAAUGGAAAGCUUUUGCUGGUUGGAGGGGUCUGGAUUCAUUCUUCCUCAACUCCUGGAGUGACUGUUAUCAAUUUGACUACAGGAUUGAGCUCUGAGUAUCUGAUUGACACAAUGUGUGUGCCGCGGCCAUUCAUGUUACACAACCACACCAGCAUCUUCCUUCCUGAAGAGCAACAGCUCCUGCUUCUUGGAGGUGGUGGGAACUGCUUUUCUUUUGGCACUUAUUUCAACCCCCACACAGUGACAUUAGAUUUUUCUUCCUUAAGUGCUGGGCAAUAAAGACUGGACCUUUUUAAAUA